AUGUCGAUGCCAUUAGCUGUCCAAACCGAACUGAUGCCGCUCGGACCGCUCAGCGCUUCUGGGAACGCAUCAGCAUCGAUUUUGGUCCAGUUUUGGGGCAGGCAAAAUGGGAAUUCCGGUUCCAGUUUCAGCCUGAGUCGGCAGAAGCGCCUGGCCAUCUUCAAUGGCAGUGGAACCAACAAGAUUGUCGCUGGCAUUGCCUUUCCCAUCAAACAGGAGGACACGGUCCAGUCCGUUUGGGGUUUCAUCAACUACCAGGCCCAAUAUGUGCCCACACCAAUUCCUCUCUACUGGUGGAGUUUCUGGAAUACCACGACAUUUGUGUCCACAGCCAGGCACUGGCAAGAGGAGGUCCAGCAAGUGCUGUUCCAGGACGAGACCCGGGUAUGGUUGUACGAUGUGGUGGAAACGGGCUUGGAGAGGUUUGCUGGCCACAAUGCUGGAGUCUGUCUGUUGAGGAUUAUCUGUGAGAUUUCCCAGCGUCCUUUUCAACGUAGCAAUAUCUUCAGUGAGAUCCUUAAUGCAGUGUUUGUGCCAUCAUUUAAUAAUAUCCCUGAAAAAUAUUUGCAUGCCAGGGAUGCGGGUAAAGCCGGUGCUGACUGUACGAGAACAUAUACGGAAUGCAGCAAGAAGCUCUGGAACAAGCUCAUUCGACUAACCAAGAUCACUUUUCAAUAA